UUUUGUCUUAAAAAUGUACUAACUUGUAGAACAGUUAGCAAACAGACUAGAAGAAGAAAGUAGAGGAGAUCCCAUGCUUACAAGAGAUGCCCAACUGUGUUAUAUAUGUGCCGGAGAUUUUGAAAGACUUGUAGCUUCGUGGACUGACUCUGCUAAUAAAUCUACUGAAAAUCUUCAAGAGUUGGUUGAGCUUGUUACGUUCCUCCAAAAAGCUGUUGAACGUCAAGGAAGAACAGUCGAGAUAACAGGAAAUCUGGCUUCACUUCUUUCCCAUUACGCCAUGCUUUUAGCUUCUCAGGGCCGUUUAUCUACAGCCCUAAACUAUCUCGGUACUUCCCAGAAUCAGAAAAUUAAUGAUCUUAGGGAUCGCCUUCACGUCACCUUGGGCAAAAAGCCUAUGUUAACAACACAAAGGUCUCGCCAUUCUGUUUCUAGUUACGUAGGGGGCAGUACCCAAAACUUUGGAAUGUAUAACAGUACCCAGAAUCAAUUUACAUCCUCCAACCAGUUUGGCAAACCAACACCAGCUGGUUUUGGUCAGUUCAACGCUGGCCUUCCAAAUGCCGCAACUUCUAGUCAACCCUGGCAGCCCCAGGUGCCUGCACCAGCGCCCAUGGGAGGCCCACCACCUAAGACUUAUUCUCCUGCUCCUUCAGCUGCACCUCCGCAACCCCCAAGACCCGGUAGCGUUGGAUCAGCUCAUGGUGACUCUGGUAUUAGAACUCGAAGUAAAUACGUGUUGGAUCCUUCUGUAAACCCCAGCAAUCCUUACAUGACACCCAGCUCUUUUGGUACCAAUCCUGUAUCAUCCCCAGCCCUUUUUAACACCAACAACUUCCAAACAGACGCUUUGGCUAAUGCAAACAAUAGUACGUUAUAUGGACAGCCUUCGUCUUAUUCUGCUGCUGGACCAGUGCCUCAAAGUUCCCUUUUACCACCUUCGAUGUCUUCCCCAGCAAUUCCAGCACCUAUUCCCGCACCUGCUUUAAAUCCUUCUCCCCUGAUUCCUUCGGGAGGUUAUAAUAAUGCACCAAUAAGUACUCAGCCAACGUUUCAAGCCAUCGGUGGGGCUGGAGAUCAAGCAUUUGGUUAUCAAGAGAUUGCACAACCAGCAAUCUCUGCAAUGAACUCAUUACCUUCCACUGUAGCCCCAGGAUGGAACGAUCCUCCCGUUUUACAUAAAGCUUCAAGAAUGCAGCCAAAGAGAGCAGAACCCCUUAAACAGGACCCUAUAACUCAUCCACUGUAUGGAUCUUCUGCUCCUACUCAUCAACCCUUUCCCUCGAAUGAGCCACUAAACGCUUCCCAACCCUCCAAUUCAUAUGCACCUAUACCUAAUGCUGCUCAAACGUAUCCUAGUCUUCAACCGGGAUUAUACAACCCUCCUAAUUCACAACCAUCGCCUUUUGUUCAAAAUUUUGAACCACAGCAGCAAAAUCAAAACCAACAGCAGCCUUUUACACCCCAGCAACAUCCGUUUAUACCCCAGCAACAAUCGUUUGCACCUCCAACGUCUACUUUUAACUCUCAAAUGAUUAAUCAGACUGGUUUUAAUCAGAAUACGAUGACCCCAACAUUUGGGGAUAUACCACCUCAGCCACAGGUGGCCGAGGUUGCGUAUGCGAAACCUGAACCCAUUCAAAAACCUCCCGUUCCAGACGAACACCAAAAAAUACAAAUUGUUCUUGACGAACUCAGGAGUAGGUGUUUGUGUGUUGCCAAUAAUCCGCAAACGAAAAGAAAAUUGGAAGAAGUGUCGAGGAAAUUAGAAGUAUUGUACGAUCUUUUGAGGGACCAAAAGUUAUCACCAAACACAUUAGAAGCACUACAUGAAAUGGUUCGAUUAGUAGAAUCUGGGGAUUAUAUGGGUGGUUUACAGUUACAUACCCAGCUGGUUUCUGGUCCUGAUUUUUCCCAAAUUGCGGGCUUUAUGCCAGGUUUAAAGGUGCUAUUGCAAUGUGCUAUUCAACUUCAAGUUUAUAUAAGAUAAUAGUAGUAAUGGUAUUGAUACUAAUUAUGUAUUAAUAAAGUUCAUGUAAUAAUAA